AUGGGUAAUGGUAACUUCUAUUCCGCUGCAUUUCUUUUGAUCGGAAUGCUAACCUGGUGGACUCAAAACCCUCAACGUAUUCCUACAUUAUCACAACGGCUUUCAAUCCCGGGAGCUUCCGGACCCGAGAGUUUGGCUUUUGACCCGGCCGGUGUCGGCCCUUACACCGGCGUUUCCGACGGGCGAAUAAUCAAGUGGAAUGCCACACUGAACAGCUGGGUCAAUUUCGCUGUAACGACUCCAAACAGAUCAGGCUGCGAAGGCCCACAUGAUCAUACCCAAACCGAGGCAAGAUGCGGAAGACCAUUGGGUUUGAGCAGUACUAGGUUCCCGAGAAAAGAUUAUCAGAAAGUCAUCUCCACCGGAGACAAUACAGGAAGGUUGAUGGAGUUCAACCCGAAAACAAAGGCGGUGAUUGUUAUUGCAGACGGGCUCAUGUUUCCAAAUGGAGUAGCGGUCGGUGGAAAUGGCGAUUUCGUAUUAAUCACAGAGACUACAAAUGGUAGAGUUUUGAGGUAUUGGCUUAGAUCACGGAAGUUAGCAGCCGGGAAGAUUGAUGUAUUUACGGAACUUCCUGGGAACCCAGAUAAUAUAAGAGGUAAUAAGAAUGGCGAAUUUUGGGUGGCCAUGAAUGCAAAAUCAGGAGGGAACUCGAAGUAUAGCGGAUUGGGAAUGGCUGCUAAAUUGGAUCAGAAUGGAAAGAUUGUAGAGGUGUUGCUGGAUAAAAGUGGAGCAGUAUGGAGGUAUGCAAGUGAGGUUGAUGAGGAAAGAAAAGGUGAGUUUUUGUGGAUAGGAUCUGUGAUAGAAUCUGCUGUAGUCAAAUUGAGAGUUUAG